AUGGAUUUGAAAAGUAUAGUUUGCGAUUUAAAGGACUACCUUAAACCCACAACCUCCUCUACUACUAGAGCUUUAGAGCAGCGCCUCUUUCAUCUAUUACAACAGAGCUGCAGCACAGUCCGAAAUCUGACCCAAAUUCAUACACAGAUACUAGUCCAUGGAUUCACCCAGAAAAGCUACCUUCUUUCUAAGCUACUAGCGUUGUACGUAGGUUGUGGGUGUCUUGAUAAUGCGCUGAGAGUUUUCGGGAAUGUAAAGAGUCCGAGUACUACUGUGUGGAACCAGAUAAUCAGAGGGUAUGCUGGUAGCGAAACUCCGGGGAAGGCGGUUGAGUUGUAUAACAGGCUGGCGGCGACGGAAGCCGAGCCGGAUGGGUAUACGUAUUCGUAUGUUGUUAGUGCUUGCGCUAGGUCAGGGAUGGUUAGAGAGGGGGAACAGUUGCAUGGGAGAGUUUUGGGUGGUGGGUUUGGUUCUAAUGUGUUUGUUCAGACCAGUUUGGUUAGUUUGUAUGCAGGUGGUGGAGGGUUGAGUGGUGGUGUUGAGUGCGCGCGCAAGGUGUUUGAUGAAAUGCGUGAGAGGAGUGUUGUCAGUUGGAAUACGCUGCUUUCGGGGUAUGUGAGGAGCCGGGAUUUUGAUGGGGCGCGGCGAGUUUUUGAUGGGAUGCCGGAGAGGAAUGUGGUGUCGUGGACGACAAUGAUUGCGGGGUGUGCUCAGAAUGGGAGGUGUAAGGAAGCUUUGAGUUUGUUUGGGCGGAUGAGGAAGGCGAAUGUGGAACCCGACCAGGUUGCGCUAGUGGCGGUGUUAUCGGCCUGUGCUGAGAUUGGGGACUUGAGAUUCGGAAGGUGGGUUCACUGGUACGUUGAAGAGGGAUUGUGUGUUAGAGCUAAGUCGCGGUUGGUGACUUUGUACAAUGCACUCAUACAUAUGUACGCCAGUUGUGGUUUGGUUGAUGAAGCCUAUAAGGUGUUCAAGCAGAUGCCUAGACGGAGCACUGUCUCGUGGACCAGCAUCAUAGUUGGGUUCGCAAAGCAGGGUCGCGGGGAGGAAGCUCUUCGUAUAUUUCAAUUGAUGCUGAGCUCGGAACUUGACGAUGUAAGACCCGAUGAAAUUACUUUCCUUGGGGUGUUGUGUGGCUGUAGCCAUGCUGGAUUAGUUGAUGAGGGCCGAAGACUUUUCAAGUUCAUGACGCAGACUUGGGGACUCGAACCAAGGAUUGAGCACUAUGGCUGCAUGGUCGAUCUAUUAAGCCGUGCUGGUCUUUUAAAUGAAGCUCAUGUACUUGUGGAGACUAUGCCAAUGGAGCCAAAUGACGCUGUGUGGGGAGCUCUCCUCGGCGGUUGCAUGCUUCACAAGAAUUCUGAGCUUGCAUCACUUGCAGCUCAAAAGUUAACAGUUGCACUUGACCCUGACCAAGCUGCAGGGUAUCUUGUGCUCUUAUCGAAUGUGUAUGCUUCUGCUAAAAGAUGGCUAGACGUUGCUUAUGUGAGACAGAAAAUGGUUCACAUGGGCGUGAAGAAGCCUCCAGGUCGAAGUUGGGUUCAAAUCAAUGGAGCUGUUCAUGGUUUUGUGGCAGGUGAUAGAACCCAUAAACAUGAAUAUUUGAUAUAUGAAAUGCUUGGCGAGAUCACAAGGCAAGCCCAGCAAGAAGGCCGCGAACCAGACACAUUAAACAUGCUUUCCCUUGAAGACUAGGAAAACGAAACUAGUUCCUGCUUCCUAGUAUUCUUUCUAAAUGUUCCUCUCUCUAAUUAGUUGGCUUUGCAUUUGCCUGCUUCACAUUAACACUUUAUAUAUCCUCUCUUCUUAAUGGAUAUUGAAUCUCCGUGGCCGUCAGCAUAUUCAUACAUAAGAAAGUUAUAUGAUACACUUAUAGACUAAUUCCAUACAGUCGUAGACUAGCUCGAAAUCAAGUUAAACCAUCAAAAUGACCUGAUGUAUUAAUUCAAUAAUAAACCGUAGAAAUUUAACCUUGGACGAACCCACACACAAUGACCCAUUAGGUAGGUAGAUCAAUUUUGUUGGACUUGCGCAAAGUAUACGUGGGAG